AUGUCAUCCAUGACCAUGAUCUUUACCACCGCCCACAACACACCCCUAUACUCCGACUCAUGGACCCCGAACUCCAGCGGUGCAUACGCAGGCACAUGUAUAUUUCUCAUCAUCCUCGCCAUGCUAUUACGGCUCCUCUUUGCAGCCAAAGCCGUGUGCGAGCAGCGGUGGCUGAUUGCCGCCCAGGCGCGUCGCUAUGUUGUGGUUCGAGGCAGGGCGACCGAAGCAGGGAGAAUCGAUCAAGAUCCCGACGCGAAGACCGGCUCUUUGAUCACGGCGAACGGCGUCGAGGAGAAUGUCAAGGUCGUGGCUGCAAAGUCCGGGAGCGUCGUUCCCUUUCGAUUGUCGGUCGAUGUUCCUCGGGCUUGUCUCACCACAAUCAUUGCUGGCAUUUCGUAUCUACUCAUGUUGGCUGUCAUGACGAUGAAUGUUGGAUACUUCCUGUCCGUUUUGGCCGGUGUCUUUGCCGGCGAGUUGGCUGUCGGCAGAUAUGCUCAGAUCGACGAACACUUGCAUUGA